AUUUUUUUAGAGGCGUGUGACGCAUUCUACGAGAUGACAUGAGUAAAUCCCAUCUUAGGGUGAAUGUAGUAAUUGCAUCAUGGAUCAUUAACAGCCCAAUUCCACGCGACCUCCUUUGUUCGUCCUUGGAGAAAGAGAACAAAACCCUAACUAGUUUGUUUUGCAUCGGCUACCUACAAUCAACACUUCAAUUCUUCAAUAAGGGUGGUGCACAUUUGAUGCUUGGGUGUUUUGAUUGAAGUUUCAAUCGCCUCAUUUGCUUCCAUGGAUUCUAAAGUUUCAAUUGAUGAUAACGGUGACAAUAGACUCUACAUCGGCAAUCUUGAUCUCAGAAUUACAGAGUGAGACUCGCUAACCCCCAACAUGGAUUCAUUGUUUUUUUGGAAAAUGGUAACAUUUCUUAUGAAGGUUUGAUUAAGGAAUAAAAGACAGGUAGUAUGCUUUGAAAAGUUUAGGUUUUUUUUCGAGUUACCAAUGUAUUGAAUACUGCACACUUUUUUUAAUGAACACUUUUGACUCUUUGAUUAUUUUAAAUGUGUUUGGAUUUCAAUUGCAAGAGCUCAAAUGUGCAGACAUAACGUUUGAGUCAAUGAACCAAGAGAGAUAGAUUGUUUGAAACAUAGGUUUGAGUUAAGAAUUGAAAUCCAAACACAACUCCGUUGCCUUUACAAUUGGUUGUAGGAAUCAAGUUUUUAAUCACAGCAACAAUUCAGCUGCGUUGCGAUCCUUGUUGUUGCAAGAAUCGUGAUAAAUUGUUACUGGUUCCGCUUCAAUCGUGGUUGCAAAUACAUAAAAAUAUCUAGAUCUUAUGGCCUUGAUCGUUGUUUUAAACUUGGCAGGAACCUCCCCCCCAUUUCCAUGUGUUUUGUGCAUAUUCUCAUCUUUAUUUCAUGUUCCAUUAUUUUCCAGAGCUGCUCUUCUCAAAAUCUUUUCUCCUUACGGAAAGAUUGUGUCGGAGGACUUCUUGUGGCACACUCGAGGCCCAAAACGCGGGGAACCACGCGGUUUCGCUUUUAUUCAGUAUAGUGCAAAAGAGGAAGCAAUAUUGGCCAGGGAGAAAAUGCACGGGAGGCUAGCUUGUGGCCGGCCAUUGAUUGUCCGCCUAGCAAGUGAGAGGUAUGCUCUGGAAGUAGCAGAUAGCUCUACGAAAGCAGUCGGUGAAGGGCACAAGUUGCAUCUCACAGGUGGUGGCAUGGGACAGACGAGCCGUGGUGCGAAAAUUGCUGCAAUAAAGAACAAGUUGAAGUCUUUAGAGGAAGAUAACUCUAGGAACAAGAAACAAAAGCAGAGUGAUAAUAUAUCUUGAUUCAAUAAUGUUAUAUUACAAUAUGUAGAGUAAAGGAAAAUUGAAUGUGAUGCAGUUGUUUGCAACACUAUUAAUAUCUUUCAUUUAAUUUUUUGUUCGCUUAGAUAUGAAACCAAAAUUGUACUAAUUUGAGGUGGAAAGUGGGAUCUUAAUUCCAAA